AUGGACGCAAUGAUCUCAUCUCCCUCGCCGGGACCCAGCACGGUCGACAGCAUCUUGAGCCGCAACACGGGCAGCAGCGGUGGCGAAGAUGCGGCGGGCAGCAGUGCUCGAGAGUGGAAGCGACUGUUCGCUCAGAUGCAGUCCUCGACGACCCCUUCGCGGACCACCAGAGCUGAUGCAUCUGCCACUGGCACCAGUCGACGCGGUCGAGGCGGCACUUCCUCUCGCGGAAGCACUCGAGGCUCCCCACACCCUCGCAAUCCACCCAGCCGCCUCGUCGAUUCGCCCAAUACGACACUCUCCUCGCUCCCCGCGCCAUCCUCGGACCCACUCUCGCAGAUCAGGCACAAGAUCCUGACCACCCCCCUGCCACCCGAUCACACCCUCUCACCCACAUCCUCGACCUACCGCUCGAUUGUCUGGAAGCUCCUGCUCUCGCUACCCACGCUCGACAUCGCCUCAUACCUCUCGCUCGUCGCCCGCGGCCCAUCCUCAGCGCACGACAAGAUCCGCAAUGACACCUUCCGCACGCUCGCCACGGACCAGGGUUUCAAAGAGCGCGUUGCCGAAGGCAAACUGAUCAGGCUGCUGGAUGCGUUUGUUUGGAAGCAUUCUGGCGAGGAGGCCGUGUACGAAUUCGGCUAUGUGCAAGGGAUGAAUGUGUUGGCGGCGCCGUUUCUGUAUGCGUGCGGGAGCGAGGUCGAGGCGUUCCGCUGUUUCAGCGCUUUCAUUGAGCGAUGUUGUCCGUUGUAUGUUCAACCGACGCUGGCUGGCGUCCACCGCGGAUUGCAGCUGCUCGAUCGAUGCCUCGAGAUCCUCGACGAACCACUCUUCACCCAUCUACGGAGCAAGAACCUCUCCGCCGAAAUCUACGCUUUUCCCUCGGUCAUGACGCUCUGCGCCUGCACCCCGCCCCUACCAGAAGUCCUUCAGCUGUGGGACUUCCUACUCGCCUUCGGCGUCCACUUUAACGUCCUCUGCAUCGUGGCCCAGCUGCAUAUCAUGCGCGAAAGCCUGCUGGACAGUUCCAGCCCCAUGAAGCUGCUCAGGCAUCUUCCGCCGUUAGAUGCGAGGAAGAUCAUCGGCGUCACUGUCACCUUAGCCAGAGACGUACCGAGAGACCUCUUCGAGGAGCUCGUAAGACAUCCCUACCAUCCGGAUAGCGUGGUCGGCUUCACUUAG